AGGUGUAUACAUACCUGAAGCACCAGGUGAGUCUAACGAACAGGGACUCACAGGACACAGAGCCACUGGAGGUCGCUGCGGUGAACUACCGCCUAUCAAGCGAAACGUACGUACGUAAUCUGGUUAAAGAAUAUGCGUACAUAGCUUGCCCACCUGCGCAGUUUCCAAGGUAACGAAUAAAACACCGUGGCGUCGUCUUUUGUGUUUGUGUCCAUACGGUUAAGAAUGACGGGAAGGCAAAGAGUGAAAAUGAAGGUCUUUGACGUGAAGAAGGUGGAACAGUGACAGGCAUCGCACCAGAAGACAAGUCUUGGGUUAAAUAGCAAAUAGAACGGCUGUUACAGUGUGACACACUUAGUGAUACUUCUGUCAGAUAAACUCUGCUGAUGUGUUGAGAUUAAUAAAUGACUGUUUGAGCAGCUACAUGCACUUUUGUGGACGUUUGUGGAACCUGAAGUGGAGCUGUCUGCAGACUGACAGCUGACCUGUGGAUGAAGAUCCUCUGGACAGGAAACGGCAACAAACUACAUGAUGGAAAAGUAUGAAAAGCUGGCCAAAAUUGGCGAGGGCUCCUACGGUGUGGUGUUCAAGUGCAAACACAGAGAUACCGGACAGAUAGUAGCCAUCAAGAAGUUUGUGGAGUCAGAGGAUGAUCCGGUCAUCAAGAAGAUAGCACUGAGAGAAAUACGGAUGCUGAAGCAACUAAAACACGUGAAUCUGGUCAACCUGCUCGAGGUGUUCAGGAGGAAAAGGCGUCUCCACUUGGUGUUUGAGUUCUGUGAACAGACGGUCCUCAACGAGCUGGACAAACACCCUCAAGGAGUUCCUGAGGCUCAGCUGAAGAGUAUAGUGUGGCAGACACUGCAGGCCGUCAACUUCUGCCACAAGCACAAUUGCAUUCACCGGGAUGUGAAGCCGGAGAACAUCCUCCUGACCAAAACUGGAGUCAUCAAGCUCUGUGACUUCGGCUUCGCACGCAUCCUGACCGGACCAGAGGACGACUACACGGACUACGUAGCCACGCGCUGGUACCGAGCCCCGGAACUGCUUGUUGGUGACACUCAGUAUGGACCACCUGUGGACGUGUGGGCACUGGGCUGUGUCUUCGCUGAGCUGCUGAAUGGAAAUCCACUCUGGCCUGGAAAAUCUGAUGUGGACCAGCUCUACCUGAUCAGAAAAACUCUAGGUGACCUGAUCCCUCGUCAUCAGCAGGUGUUCCGCUCGAAUGUUUUCUUCAGUGGAGUCAGUAUUCCUGAGCCUGACACAAUGGAGCCGUUGGAGAAGCGCUUUCAUGGAGUGUCACCUCAAGCUCUUCAUGUCAUGAAGUCGUGUCUGGUAAUGGACCCCUCACUUCGGUUGUCCUGUGAGGAGCUGCUGGCGUUCCCGUAUUUCCAGGACGAGGCAGCGAACUGGGGUCGCGAGAUUGAGCGCCCAGGAAGACGACAUGACAAAGUCUGCCGACGGAGACAAGCAGGGGCACAGUACCUGCCCCAGUUACCACACAGCAACAUCUCACCAGCACCGGAUGUGAAGAAACAGGUGAAGCAUAAAUAUCACCUGCCCAAUAUUUAAUGAUGCAGAAAACUGCUACACAGUGUUUUGUCUGCAGAGCUGAGAGGUUGGUUUUUUUUUUCGUUAAGUUUUGUGAAAAUCCAUUUCCAUAUAUUGCUGUAUGUUCUUCAUGUGUGAAAAAACAGAGGAAUUCCAUUUUAACUAAUGUAUAAAAACCAUUUAGAUUAACCAGCGUGCCAUCAUCACCCAGAGGUGUCCAUCAGCACCGGCAGUGUUAUUGGCCUCAUAUCAGACGUCACCUGUAGAGUUAAGUUAAAAAGCAAAGAAACCUCACUGAAAACUUGUUAAUGUAUCACCUAUAUAACCAGACACCAUGUACCUAUGCAUGUCUAUUCAGUCUAACGCUGUAUACUGGGCCGUAAUUAAUCAACGAUCAGUCGUCCACAAACUGUUUCGAGUGUGUUUUUGUAAAUAAAUAAAUAAAUAAAUA